UAUUGUAAAAUUUGUAAUACUCAAAUGAAAAUUCUAUUUGCCAUCGCUAUUGCUGUUCUCAUGCUUGUUGGCUUCACGACUGCAGACACAUUAAAGCAAGAAGUAGCCCAGGUUAUUGAAGAGAACACCGUCACCCAGGUUGAGCUUCCCAAAAGUAUUUCAAUUUUAGACGCUGUCAGAGAUAUUAAAGCAACUAAAACUAGAAGAUUCUUAGCUGACACCGUCUCUGCCGAUGCUGACCCGAUGAGAACUUUGUACCAAGCUUAUAUCUGGAUCCCAAUUAUCCUAGCAGUCACUCUCUUCGUAGCUGUUAUGGCAACUAUGAAUAUGGACUUGAACAAAGAAAAUGACACAUUGAUUUAUGCUAAAUUCAUUACUUCUUCAAGUUAA